CCGGUCAUAAUUUUGAUUUCUUCUCGAAGUCACCUCCUCUGCUUCUUUGUCUGCCGCAAUCCGCCUGCUUAAGUUAGCAGCUUCAAGGUUUAAGCUGCUAAAUCAAUCCUCUUCUUUCAGAGAUCAAUCGUCUUAAUCCUCUCUGUAAAUUUGUUGAACACACAACUCUUAAAGAUGGGGCCAGCACCAUUUUCAGAUAUCGGUAAAAGAGCGAAAGAUCUUUUAACCAGAGAUUACAAUUUCGAUCAGAAGUUUACUCUAACAAUGUCGAGCAAUAAUGGGAUGGGGUUAACAGCUAAUGGUUUGAAGAAAGAUCAGUUUUUUGUGGGUGAUAUAAGUACGCAAUACAAGACCGGUGGUACUACGGUGGAUGUAAAAGUUGACACAGGCUCUAGUAUCUCAACAACAGUGACCCUGAAUGAGGUUCUUCCAUGUACCAAAGUAGCACUGAACUUCAAAAUACCCGAUCAAAAAUCUGGCAAGCUAGAUAUGCAGUACCUUCACCCUCACGCAGCUAUCAAUUCUAGUAUUGGUUUGACAUCCAGCCCACAACUGGAACUAGCAGCAACUCUCGGAAAUAAGGAUAUCUGUAUUGGUGCUGAAGUUGGGUUUGAUUCUACAACCGCCACAUUAACCAAGUACAAUGCCGCAGUUGGUUUGAACACCCCUGAUUUCUCUGCUGGUCUCGUCCUGGCGGACAAAGGAGAAGCAUUGAGGGCAUCUUAUAUUCAUUCAGUUAAUCCCGUCAUUGGUGCUACAAUUGCUGCCGAAAUGACUCACAGGUUUUCCACCUACAAAAACAGUUUUACCAUUGGAAGCUCCUAUCCUCUUGAUCCUUCUACGGUGAUCAAGACACGCUACUGUGACAACGGAAAAAUCUCAAUGCUCUGCCAGCACGAAUGGAAGCCGAAGUCUUUGGUUACAGCCUCAGCAGAGUACGACCGCAAUAACAUGGAUCCAACCAAAUUCGGUCUUGCUCUUACCCUCAAGCCUUAGAAAUUUAUUUUCUGAUUCUUAUCACUUUUUUUCUCUUAAAAUACAUCGAUAGACUAUUUGUUAUAGUUUCUGAAUCAAAAGUAGGUAAAAGAAGUAGAUGACUGACAUGAACAUGUUCUGUUAUGAUUUUUUCGAGUCCCACUUAUGGGUGAUGAUAAGUCCUACUGGCGACUAAUUUUGACUAUAAUUCAUUUGCUUUGUCCAA